CUGCGUCCGCUCAGGCCCCAGCGCGGCCGGCCAUGGUCUCCACAGCGCCCGGGAGCCCUGGCCCCGGGACGCAGGACUGGGACUACUCGGGCUGGGGCUCGGGCGCCCUGGGGGAGGAGCUAGAGCCGUGCCCGUCGUGGGAGCUGCCCUACAGCUACGCCUACGUCCCCGCGCUCUACCUGGCGGCCUUCGCCGUGGGGCUGCUGGGCAAUGCCUUCGUGGUGUGGCUGCUGGCCGGGCGGCGCGGGCCGCGGAGGCUGGUGGACACCUUCGUGCUGCACCUGGCGGCCGCCGAUCUGGGCUUCGUGCUCACGCUGCCGCUGUGGGCGGCAGCGGCGGCGCGGGGCGGCCGCUGGCCCUUCGGCGCGGGGCUCUGCAAACUGAGCAGCUUUGCGCUGGCGGGCACGCGCUGCGCGGGCGCGCUCCUCCUGGCCGGCCUCAGCGUGGACCGCUACCUGGCCGUGGUGAAGCUGCUCGAGGCGCGGCCGCUGCGCACCCCGCGCUGCGUGCUGGCCGCGUGCUGCGGCGUCUGGGCCGUGGCGCUGCUGGCCGGCCUGCCUUCCCUGCUCUUCCGCGGGCUGCAGCCGGUCCCCGGCGCCACGGGCACCCAGUGCGGCGAGGAGCCGUCCGACACCUUCCAAGCCCUCAGCCUGCUGCUGCUGCUGCUCACCUUCGUGCUGCCGCUGGCCGUCACCGUCUUCUGCUACUGCCGCAUCUCGCGCCGCCUGCGCGGGCCGCCGCACGUGGGCCGGGCCCGGAGGAACUCGCUGCGCAUCAUCUUCGCCGUCGAGGGCUCCUUCGUGGGCUCCUGGCUGCCGCUCAGCGCCCUGCGCGCCGUCUUCCACCUGGCGCGCCUAAGGGCGCUGCCGCUGCCCUGCCCUCUGGUGCUGGCGCUGCGCUGGGGUCUCACCGUCGCCACCUGCCUGGCCUUCGUCAACAGCUGCGCGAACCCGCUCAUCUACCUGCUCCUCGACCGCUCCUUCCGCGCCCGGGCACUGCACCGGGCCUGUGGGCGCGCCGGCCGCCCCGUGCGUAGGGUCAGCUCGGCCUCCUCGCUCUCCAGGGACGACAACUCCGUGUUCUGGGGGCGAUCUCAGACCCUGAACGCCGCCUAGGCCGCCUGGUAGCCCCCCCUGGGCGGCAGCGGAGCCGACGACCGGAGAAGGGGACCGGGAUCCCGCACGGGCCUGCUCGGCUGACGGUGCCUAGAGAGCUGCUCCAUCAGCUUCCCUGGAACCUCAGCUGUUUGAACCCCCACACCACCCGCAUCCCCUGCCCCCCAAACAUUGCUGAGACUCACGUUUCUCUCAGGCCGUGGGGCUCUCCUGAGAUGGCACAGACACCUCACAGGGGCUCCGAGCCGGGACAGGGAAGCGGAUUUCCUGCUCUGCCCCAUUCAGCAUAGGACGGACCCGAACAUCCAACCCAGAUUCCCAAAGGCCACGGCUGUCUCCGGCUGUGGUUUUUCUGCUCCCCUGUUCGCCUUUGCCCCUCUUUGCUCCCUGCUCGCCUGUGCCCUCUGAGAAAUUCCUGCUCCAAAUCAGACCCUCUAGCCCUUUCAUUCUCAAAAGUUUCUACAGAACAUGAGAAUCCAGAGGCCUUUUGUACACAGUCCUCUUUGUGACCUUGUGGGCUUCGGCAUUGCACUCCCCCCCCCACCCCCGUACCGGGGAUUGAACUCAGGACCUCAAGCGAGGCAGGCGGUGGAACCACUGAGCUAAAUCCCCGGCUUUGGCAUUAAUCACCAUCUAUUCAGAUUUUCAAAGCUCCCCAAAGACAUGGGAACCAGCCAGAGGGAGCUGCCCAAUUUGUUCCUUCUGGUGGGUUCCACAGAAGUGACACUGCCCUGGUUUUGUAUCUGGUGGCCCAUGUCCCCUCUAUGGCAAAGCUGCAGGACUUAGCCUAGAAACUGCGCCCUUCCCUUCUCCACGGAGCCCAAAUCUCUCGCCAGGCCUUCAGCUUCCCCAUUAUUCGGCCAAGGACCCCAGAUUCUUCUUCCCUGGGAGCUCACUCUUCUCAAUAAACACUUUUG